AUGGAUAACAUCCAACUCACAUCGCACGGCAUGGAUAUCCAAAUGUUCAAAAAAACCUUCUACUUUAAUGGAGACGCUGACGACAAUGGGGAUGACAACCAUGUUAACGAUGAUGAUAAUAGUAAUAGAAGUAAUGAUAACGAUCCUACUGCUGCUACUACAAAUGUCAUAGUUGAUAACAUUGAUUAUGUUCAUAAGACUAAUAUUGUUGUAAAAGAUGAAGUUGAUGCAACGACUAUCACUGCUGCAACUACUGCUGCUACCACUACUGCUACUGCUGCUACUACUGCCGAUGAAGCUACCACUAAUGCUACAUUUUUUAACGAUAAAACUGAGAAGGCUUUUUAUGAAAACAAAGUCAGCAACGACAUCUGCUUGAGUGAUGCCGACCGACACAAUUACAGCAUGGAUGACAUUAAGACAUCAGCUGGCACCAUCAACAACAACAACAACAGCAACUUAUAUAAAAUCGCUGACGACAAGAGUGAUAACAACACAAACAACAACGUCAACAACACAAACAACAACAUCAACAACAACACAAACAACAACAUCAACAAUAACACAAACAACAACAUCAACAACAACGCAGAUAGCAUAAACAGCAACAACAGGUUACUGGAUAAACUGCAAGAGACAGCUGAUUAUCACGAGAGCAUCUUUGAAAGAAUUAUAAACAACAUCAACAAUAACAUGAAGCUCGGUUUCAACAACAGACGCGACAACAUCAUUAACAACAACAACAAAGCAAACAAUAACAAUGACAACAACACAAAUAACAACAUUAAUGUCAACUACGACUAUACAAACAACAACGACAACAACGUCACUGAUAACAACAACAACGUCAUUGUUAACAAUACAAACAUCAUUAACUCAGUCACCGAUCAUACUAACGAUAAUAACAAUGAUAAUGAACUCUGUACUAAAGAUGACCAUUUGAAUGAUAACAUUGCUAACAGGAACAAUGUUACUGGUGAUAACUCUGAUAAUAAUAAUAGUAAUAAUAAUGAUAAUGAUAAUAAUGAUAAUAAUAAUACUGAUGAUAAUAAUGAUAGUAAUAAUAAUAAUAAUACUGAUGAUAAUGAUAAUAAUGAUAAUAAUAAUAAUGAUAAUAAUGAUGAUGACAAUGAAAUAAGUAGUGAGGCCACCAGCGAACAAUCAAAACGCGGUGAUGAAAUUAGCAAAGAACUCACCCAGAAUGAUGACGUGAAAAUCGAGCACGAUGACGUCAGAGAUGCUGCUGCUGCAACUUCUACCGCAGCUACUACUGCUGCCACUUCUGCCGCAGCUGCUACUACCGCCGUUGAUGAUGAUAAUAAGGUUGCUGUUGGUGGUGGUGGUGAUAGUGAUGAUGAUGACGAUAGAAAUAUGAGCCAGGAUAUAAACAGCGGAAACUACAGUUCGUGCAUCAGCAACGAUGAUGAUGAUGAAGAUGAUGAUGAGGAGGAUGAUGAUGAUGAUGAUGAGGAUGGUAAUGAUGAUGGUGACAUCAACGAACUUUGCAGUAGAGAUUAUUGCGAUGACGUGGUCAAGGGGAAGCGUUCGUCGCUGGUCUACAUCGACGCUGUGGAAUUAAUGGGUGAUGGGGAUGAUGGUGGUGAAGAUGAUGGUGAAGAUGAUGGUGAAGAUGAUGGUGAAGAUGCUGAAGAUGAUGCUGAAGAUGGUGGUGGUGGUGGUGGUGGAGGUGAUGGCCAUGAUGUUAUGGGUGAUAAUAUUGGUGGUGGUCACGAUGUGGAUGAGGUUGGUGUUGCACCAUUCCAAUCAGCACCAUCACAAUCAGCACCAUCACAACCACCAUUACUCCCCUCCCUAAAAGACUUAGACAAUACCUCGGGUAUUCUUCACGUGUACUAUCUGCUUAUCGAAGGUCUGACGACAAGCAUGUUGGAAAGCAGGAAGGAGCACCAGCCACGAAUCUGCGAGGUCCUCUUCCAACUCAUCAAAUACGCCUCCUCCAGUCCUGGUCCACGGUUUUCAAUCUUCUGCUUCAAUAACUUGUUGAUGCCUGCGUUGCACUCCAGCGUCAGCAGUGGCAGCAGCUUCAGCAGCGGCAACAAAUGUAAUGUGACUAAGUACUGGAACCUUUCAGCGACAUCCAACUGUCGACACUUGACAGGACUGUGUGUGGACGUCGUUGUUGACUUCAUAACGCGAUUCAUUGACAACCAGUCCCUGCACAACGACCUUGAACUGAUGCUAACUCGCCAGUUGAUGGUUCUACUAGACUUCGUCGCUGAACCCUUCGAACCAGUGUCCAGACUCGGUUGCUCAUGCAUCAGACACUGCCUGGUCAACUGCGGUCCCCUCCUAACUCGCCGCAUGUGGUCGUUAGUUGUAUCCACGCUGAGGAAGGCCUGUGACGUCACUCUGUAUCACCUGAGGUGCCUCAUGCUCCCCUACCACAACCACAGCGAUAGUUUCUACGGCGAUGAAGGUCAGGUGAGGGUCGCCAUCGGGCGGGAUAAGAUGGUCGUCAUGGAGAGGAAGCGCCUGCUGCAGUUGAGUCAACAGGUUUUCCUACUGAACGCGCAAACUCAAGAGCCGAAGAACACGCUGACUCUGUGCGAAGACAAGAAGAGCAUCGUCCUACUCAUCCACUCACCUCACUCACUCACUCGGGGAGAUGUCUCCAUUGCCAGGAUUCCAUUCCAGGACCUCAUUAUAAGCCUGGCCAGCCAUCAGAUGCUGUUGCACCUCAUUGGCACCCUCCUCCUCAGCGGCACCAGCAACUUGGUGCCCCUGGAAAGUACCAUGCUGUCUGAGGGGGCCUCAACCUUCAACGAACAUAAAUCUAAUUUCGAAGAUAAACUGCUGCCUGGAAUGAUGGAGCACAUGUCAUCAUCUGACGUCAUUGGACUCUUGAAAUGCCUCGAGCUCUCCUCAGAAACGUCGAACCAGUUCGAUUCAAAGCCGGGCUUGAAACAAGCAGGUGUCAGCAGGACCCUCUACAUCCACGCCCUCCUCGAGAUCGUCUCCAGAGGAAUCUUGAAAUGUCCACCGACUGCUCCUGUUGCUUCAUUGCCGGCCACAUCGAGACACAAGACGACGACGACAACAACAGCAACUUCAACAAGAUCUACCACGUCGACAGGAUCCACACUAACAACUGCUGAUUCUAUCAAUAUUGCGGCUACCGUCGUUACUUCUGCUGCCACUAGUAGUGUUGUUUCUUUAACUGCAGAUUAUAAAGCCACUGCUACUUCAGCAAAUGCUCCAAAAUAUUCAUGCUCGACUUCAGAUGCUGCAACAUCGUCGUCGUCAGCAUCAUCACAGUUGUACGAAAUAGCGAGUUACUCGAAUCUAAGCGUGGAGCACUUUUACUGCGUUUUCAUGAAGUUGUUGAAGAAUGCACUGCUGAAUGAGGGGUCCAGUAUAUCCGACCAACUUUCCCAGUCCAUCCUUGUUUUCCUUCCGCUGGACAAUCCGGACGACCAAGCCGAUGUCGUUUGCGACAAAAAGAGCCAGUCAUCGUUCAAACACUUCGUUCCUCAAAAAUGGCGGAAAUCGUCGUCUUCGACCGCUGCGUCUGGAGCGGCCGUCGCUGGUAGCGGCUGUGGUGGUAAUGAGGAUGAUGGUGAUCACGGAGGAGCCACUUCGAAGUCGCGAUUGAGUAGCAGUGGCGAAGGCAGCAACAGUUUGAAAAGCAUUGAAUUGGUGGAUCCCUCAGUGUUGGACACCCCUCGAAAUCGGACCGACCGCGUGUACUCACUGGCUUCCGACCGUACCAUCAUUGGUCUGAUGGGGGAAUACAGGAGACGGAAGCUAACGAAGUGCAUGCCUCCCCCGCCCCCACCGACGCUAUCAUCAGUAUCGACACCCUCAUCAUCAUCUUCUAUGACAUCACUUCCGUUACCAUCAACAGCAGCAUCAGUAGGACGGAAGAACUCUGCUGUGAAGAAAGAUCUGCCCUGUCAUGCUGCUGCAGACGACCAUGGUCAUCCGGUCAGCCGUCGAAGUACCGCAGGUGAUGAUGAUGAUGAUGAUGAUCUCUAUGGGAUCACUCGCGAACAGAAGUGUUCUUACAUGAAGGACAGCGUAGCUCACUUGAAAUCAAGCGUAGAGACCUUAGUGAAUGUGCUUCAAUUGUACAACCAAUUAAAUGACAGAACAUACCACGCCCUCCUGCCCACAUUCCAGCCUAUCAUCGUUCAGUUGGUCACUCACUCUGUGGACCCCCAGCUGAGGAGGGCUCUGGGGCAGUGUUUUUAUUUAUUUUUUGGUAACUUGGGCGACGUGAUGGCCUAGUGGUUAAGGUCGCCUGCUGCUGUUUCGCAGUGCCUGCAGUGAUCGGAUUCGAAUACGACGAAAAGAUCCCCGCCAGUCACAUGCUUCGUGUGUGAUUGAUGCACGCACAAACAGCGUACGUGUAUUCAUGUACGCUGUGUAUGCAUGCUGUUGAUUCCUCCGAACUUAAGGAGGAUGUAAUAGACUGUUAACCUGAUUUGAACCUUUUAAACUUAACUCAUCUAAUUUGUAAUCUCAUGAGCGAAAUAUCUCUUUAAAGAUUGUUUAACCAACGAAUUAACAAUCAAUCAAUGAUUUAUUUAUUUUUUAUUCAAUCAUUAAACUAAUCCAUCAGCCGAUUAAUCACACACUCAGUCAAUCGUUAAUCAAUCCAUUCAUUCAUACGUUCAUACAUUCAAUUCAUUCAAUUAUGUGUCGUGCAAUUAUUUUGACGCAUAUUAAUUAAUUACCAUUAUAUCGUCUGCAUCUCUUUACCUCCAAAAUGAUUCCUUAUUUGAUCUUAUGAUUGCUAUGGGGAGGUGAAUUACUUUUUGUGUUCCAAUUUAUGUUAUACACACACAUUCACACACACACACACAUUCACACACA